AUGCGCAUUUUAAAGAAGACAAAAAGCCUUUGGCAAGUAGGAAGAACGUCUAAUUCAGAAGUCCCAGCGCCACUGCCACCACUCAAUACAGUAGACGCUCCUCCAUUACCUUCAAUCGAGCAGCAUACUCAUCGUCAAUUUCUUCAAAGAACGCCGGAGCCGGCUCAACUCGUGACGGCUGAGAACAUACGUGAGCUGAGGGAGAGAAUCAGGUACCGAUACAGUCUCGACGUCGAGAUCUUGAAGCAGAGGAAUGUCAAGAAGUACAUGCGCGGAAAUCUAGAAGAGAAUAUGAGAAAGUCUGUGGCUGCGCUAGCAGACAUACAGAAGAUGGUGGAAGGCUGGGACCGUCGAGAGUUCUUCGCCACUGAACUGGAAUACAGGAAGUUCCAGGAUAUCAGACAGCGGCUUUUGACGGGGACCAAAAUAGACUGGGAAAAGAACAAGCCGUGGGAUCUUGCGGUCAGUAACAUGGUUCCUCUCCGAGCACCAUACGAGAUGAGCAAUCGGACAGAUCCGAUAGCACAGCGGCCGGGCCCUUCGUCGUUCGGGGUUCGCCAGGCUGUUAGAGAACGUCCAGAAGAUGUGCCAUUUGCGCGACAAAGCCAGAUGCAGAAUCAUAGAUCCAGCCGAGAGCCCGUGCAGAAUCCUCCACGGCAGACCCAGCAUUUUGCGAAUACCCCACAACAGAUACAGCAUAGCAUGGAUUCCCUACGACAAGAACAUGAUGGCACACAAGCUUCGAGACAAGUUCCAUAUUUUGCAAACCCUACGCCUCAGAUGCGGCAUGCGGCAGAUUCCGUAAGGCAGAGCCAAUUUGUCGAAGGCCUCUUGCAGCAGAAUGUGUAUGCUCUGGCAUCUCCACAACAAAGCGAGAUCUCUCUACACUCUUCACAUAGAAGUGAACUUGGUGUGAGAUCUCCUCCGCCGAGCGAACUAGCUCCAGGAUCUCCUCCGCCGAUCAGAUACGCCGCAUACACUCCGUCCGAUGCUCAUGGGGCACAGAGGUCACAGUCUUUCAUGCCGAACACACAGCCCGCGGCACCAUACGGCGAUCUUCCACAUCCACAGCAGGGUGGAACUGCGGUAGCCACGCAUAGGCAGACUGGAGUGUUGCGUCCGUCUCGACAAAGGGAUGUACGGAAGGUCUCCGCUCCAACACCACAGAUCAAAUUGACCGCACCUACGCCGCCCGUGGGCCGAAGAGUUUUAUCGGAUCCGUCGCAUGUUGAUAACACCAAGUAUCGACCGAUACGUAUGGAUAGCCCUAUUCCAAAGGGGCGGGUCGAAGGUCCUCCGUCAUCUCAACACAGUUCCCCCGGGUAUUGA